UUAUUUUUGAAUAGUUUCCUAAAUCUGUUAUAUGAAGCGAAAUAUAUUAAUACCGAUUCUCCCAUUUUGUCGAGAAUUGAUCAGUGUAGAAAAAAGGAUUGUCAUUAUGCAAACGCGAUUGUCAAAUUAUGACGAACACAUCCAAGUAUUCCUUAAUCUCACGGUACAUCACAUGACGAUCUUGCAAUAUCAGUUUACGUACAAAAUCGACGUAUUUUGGCACAGCAGCCGAUAUUGAUCCAUCUUUACGAAAUUCAUCUUAUAGCGAAGUGCGACUACGAUUGAAUUUGGAAACCACUGAAACACGAUAUCUCGAGGUAGAGAUAGUAGAAGCGAGUUGAUCGGCACAAUGCGAUUGGUUUAUCCACGUCGAACGUCGUAGAAAAUCAUGACAAGAAAAUGUUCGCAGUUUAAUUCCAUUUUUUGAUCAUGAUCAAUAUUUCAAGUAUUUGUAAACAAUUCAAAUAUCACUCGUACGACAAUACGUUCUGAGUACGUUCGCCAUUAAAGAUGUCAUUUUAUAAUGGGCGUUAUUCACUACAACGCUACAUAAUAGAGAGAAACACAGAGUUCAUUUACCAGGAGUAACAUCGGAAAUGCUCCAAAAACUUUUGGUGUACAUAUAUCUGAGAAAACUGGAUAUAAACCAUGACAACGUAUAUUCAUUAUUGAUCACCGCAGAUUAUUUGAGUAUAUUGGGAGUAUUGGAACUUUGUUGUAAAUUCCUGAAGGACAAUUUGACUCCUAAAAAUUGUAUUAGUAUUCUGAACUUUGCAAGAAACCAUUUUUGUAGAGAUUUAGCUAAUGACACAUGGAAGUACAUCAUGAGAAAUUUCACUCAGAUAGGAAAUGAAAGUAAUGAAAUCCUAGCUCUAUCUUUUCCUGAAAUCCAAGAAAUUAUCACUGCAGAUGAUUUGAACGUGAAAAGUGAAGAAACGGUGUGGGAAUUGAUAUUGAGAUGGAUUGAUCAAGAUACAGAAGCGAGAAAAAAACAUAUCGUGUCUUUGAUGAAAUGUAUACGAUUGGGGCUAUUAGAUACGCAAUUUUUUCUCGAACGAGUGAAAGAACAUCCUUAUGUGUCCAGUUCAGAAGAAAGUAGACCCAUGAUUAUAGAAACCCUCAAAUUCCUUUAUGAUUUGGAAAUGAUAACGCACAGAGAUGGUGAAGUGAUAACUCCCGAAAUAGCACGUCCAAGAGUGCCGCAUGAAAUUCUAUUUGCCAUUGGAGGUUGGAGCGGAGGUUCUCCUACUAAUUUCAUUGAAACCUAUGAUACAAGAGCUGAUCGCUGGGUGAAGGUUGAAGAGGUUGAUCCAACUGGACCAAGAGCUUAUCAUGGAACAGCUGUUGUAGGUUUCAAAAUAUAUGUUAUUGGAGGAUUUGAUGGUAUGGAGUAUUUUAAUUCUUGUCGAUGUUUUGACGCGGUGACUAAAUCAUGGAAAGAAAUUGCCCCGAUGCAUGCCAGACGAUGUUAUGUUAGCACUGCUGUAUUGGGAGAUUUAAUUUAUGCCAUGGGAGGGUAUGAUGGACACCAUAGACAAAAUACUGCAGAGAAAUAUGACCAUAAAACCAAUCAAUGGUCUCUGAUAGCUCCUAUGAAUAUGCAAAGAUCAGAUGCUAGUGCAUGUGAUUUGAAUGGUAAAAUUUAUAUUACUGGUGGAUUUAACGGUCAAGAAUGCAUGCAUUCUGUAGAAGUAUAUGAUCCAGAGCUCAACCAAUGGUCUUUAAUAAGUCCCAUGAGGUCCAGGAGAUCAGGCGUGUCCUGUAUAGCUUACCAUAGUCAAGUGUACGUUAUAGGUGGAUUCAAUGGCAUCUCAAGAAUGUGCAGUGGAGAAAAAUUCAAUCCACAAACAAACAGUUGGUCACCAAUACCCGAUAUGUAUAAUCCGAGAAGUAAUUUCGCCAUCGAGAUUGUUGAUGAUAUGAUAUUCGCAAUUGGCGGAUUUAAUGGUGUAACUACAAUAUACCAUGUAGAAUGCUAUGAUGAGAAAACUAACGAAUGGUACGAAGCUACUGAUAUGAAUAUCUAUAGAUCAGCUUUGUCAGCUUGCGUUAUUGACGGCCUACCAAAUGUUCAGGAUUAUAUACAUAAGCAUAGGGACCGUUUAAUGGAGGAAAAACGUCAGAAAAUGAUAGCUUUGGAAAAUCACAGAAAUAUGAAUGGAAUACAAAACUUCAAUAAUAAUAAUAACCCUCAGGACAAUAUAGCAGCGGCUGUUAAUGCGAAUAUGCAACAGCUUAAUAUUUUGCAACAACUUAAUGCAAAUUUGAAUCCAGCUCUGCCUCCAGCUCCUGUACCAAAUCCUAUUCCAAUGGAUGCAGAAGAUCGCGAUGCGGAAGAACAAUAGUAACUCGAGAUUGUUAUUUAGCAUUGUCAUAAUUUUAACAUAUUAUUUGAAUUCGGAAGUGAUAAUAAAAAGAAGGACAUUAGAAAUAUUAAAUGGUAUUUUGGUAAUGACUGGAAACAAUACUCUUCAAAAAACAGGUCAGUCUCCAAAUCACCAUUUGGACAAAAUAGGAAAGUUAUGAUGAAUUUUUCUAAAAUGUGAAUUCGCAAAUUUACCUCAGGUAAUGGGGAUACAAGAUAAAUAAAAUUCUUUAUCCAAAUAUCAAAAAAUGUAUUCAGCUGAAUUUCAAUAAAUCGUUUUAACACUA